AUGGAAGUCGAAGCGCCCUUUAACCUUGACGUCCAAACAGGACUUUGUCUCGCCUUCGCACUUUCAUUCAUGCCAAUCGCCUACGUACUCGGCCAAUUCCUGAUCCCAGCCAGUCACCCAAGGAAUCGCUUUCUUUUCUUCUGGCAUGCAUAUGACGCUCUAACUCAUAUCUUCAUCGAAGGAUCUUUCCUCUACGAGUGUUUCUUCAGCUUCGCGCCAAUUGCAGAAAUACACAACAAAGCACCCUACUUCUCUCAGUUCCUCAACCGACCAGAUCGUUUAUAUGGAGCAGCCUACGGCACCGGCCCCAGCGCACGUCUAUGGCAAGAAUACGCCAAGGCCGAUAGACGCUGGGCAGGUGCUGAUAUCACCGUCAUAUCUCUGGAACUAUUGACUGUUUUCAUUGGUGGCCCUCUAGCAAUUUACAUCUGCUAUCUACUUUUUAAGUCUUCGAAUGUGGGCAUCAGUGCCAAAGCACGUGGCUCAGCUAAGGCGACUCUCUGGUUCUGCUCUGUUAUGCUGGCGACCGCUGAGCUCUAUGGUGGUUUUAUGACCUUUGCGCCUGAAUGGUUGACUGGCUGUUCGCAGCUUGCCACUGAGGAUCCUGUCUAUCUGUGGCUUUAUCUUUUCUUUUUCAAUACCCUUUGGGUAUUUGUUCCUAUCUGGGUCUUGUGGGAGGCUGGCAAAGAGUUGAAGGAUGCUUUUAUUGGGCAGGAGGUGCUAAGUUCUGAGCGAAAGAAGAUUUAA